CAACAGCUGCCCGCGGAUGUGCCAUCUUCGCCGCAUGUGCAGCAGCAGCAACAGCAGCAGGCACCGAUGCAACCCGAGGGUCUGCAUACCCCUUCUACUGGGUAUGGGGAUGAUGGCGCCCCGACUGACUAUAUGCAGCCCCUAGACCCUGAAGCUUUCCCGGAGAUGGAACCUCAGGUACCUGAGCCUGGUUACGAGGGGCUAGAUGAGUAUAGUGAUGCCGAUGAGGAAGCGGGACAAGGAGUGGACCUUAUCUCCCGGGAAGAGUUCGAUGCUGCUCAGGCUGAGGCACGUGAGCUGCGCCGCCGCCUUAUGGAAGCUGAAAAUGAGAACCGUCGCCUGUCGCACGGUGUUGCUAACCAUACCAGCGAAGACGCUCCGGACGAAGCGAGCAACCCUGGCAACUCCUCAGGUGAUGCUGAUGCUCACGGUAUGGGAGCGGCUGGUCCUGGUGCUGCAGCGGCUGGAAGUGGUGCCGCAGCGGCUGGAAGUGGUGCUGCAGCGGCUGGAAGUGGUGCUGCAGCGGCUGGAAGUGGUGCUGCAGCGGCUGGUCCGAGCGCGCCUACUCCUAAUGGCGUGGCAGGAAACACGCUCCAGGCGUCGUUCCCGAGAACUCUACUCGUGGAACCGAAUCGGGUGGCUAUCAUAAAUGCGGUCAGGACGGCCCACAGCCGGGGAACUAUUUUGGACUUGCAGCAACUGUCGAGCAUGCAGCGGACGUGGGCGCAUCGGUACGCUGACGCGUUGGCCAGCAUGCCAGAUAUCCACAAUGGGUUCAAGGGGGCCGCGAGUCGAGCUGUGGAGAUCCUUUACUUCGAAACUUCGGAUGUGGACCUGGAGUAUUGGACGCCGCGGGACACCAACAUCACCGCCCUCUGCACGGCUCUAAACAUCACAGAUCCUGAGGGAGUGGCUAACCUGCGCCUUGUCAUGGAGAACGAAACGGCUCGGCCUAGGCACCUUCGAAAGAAGCUUCAGGAUGCGAGGAACAAGACCCUCACCACGGGUCGUGUCUUGCUGUACGAAAGAUUUGACAUUCGCAUCAAACGUCCGGACCGCAACCGGGUCGAGAUCGGAACGCUGUCGCCUGCGGCGUUCUGUGCCUCCUACCCUGCUAGUGCUCUUUCGUGGGACUUGUUGACGUGGCAUCAUAAUCGACUGGGGAUCCCUUUCGCCUCUGACUUUUUCACCCUUGCGAUCUUCCACUCGUUUGAGAGGCCGGGGCAUGCUGUCUUAGUCCUCCGUUUCAAGCAGAUCGCCUUCUUCCUGCUAGGG